UUUAAGCGUUGAAAUAGCACACUGAACGUAACGGCUCGUGCAAAUUCGUGGAAAUUCCCGUCAAGAAAAAUACGCUUUUUACCCUUUGCCGGGCGCUCGUGUGCUCAAAAGUGACUCGUUGCGUCUAAUUCCAAAGCAGAACGCGGCGAACAAGCUCAGCUUUUCCAUCGGCUGACUUCUUUCGUACUCGCACGCCGUUUCUCUUUUUGAACUUUUCCCCCCCAUGCAUGCAUAUAGUCUGCAUAUGCAAGCAAGCGCCACCUCCUCUGGCAACCAUCUGCUGCUUACCGUCGCUUCGGCUCUGUCACCGACAAACCAAAUUAGCCCGGAUCGUGACAACAGGUCCUCGUCGUUGUUACGUUUGUUUCCCUUUAUUUCAUUUUUGGAUGACAACUACGGCAACGGCGAGAGGGAGAGCUGAUGAUUAUUUUGAAAGCUGCGCGUGCGGACCCCAAAUGUUGCCUGACGGCAGCGCGCAUGCGCGCCCCUCCUCUCGCUCGCUUGUCACCAUUUUUCUUCUGGGUGGGAAUGUGUCACCGGUGACGUCAAUCAGCCGCCUCUGACCAAUUAGAGCGCAGCCCGAUUGUUCGGCUCCGCGGGCUGCGAGCGCCCACCGCGAGCCGCUAUUCUCUAUCAAAUGAGUCCUGCUGCCCAGCGAAUGUAGCCCCGCCGCUACAUGCAACUUUAGAAAGUUUUUUUUUAGUAUUUCGGAAUUGCAAUUAAAACAAGUUUGUCAUCAUUAUUGUUUUGCCCGCUGUCAAGUGCAAUAAUAAUAAUAACAAUAAUAAAAAAGAUUAAAGAAGGAAUGAGCGUCGAUGCGCUGAGAAGCCCCGCGAUGGACCCUGCCUUCCCCAAACGGAAUGUGGCGCUGAGAUUAGUUGAUUUGGCAGGGGCUCACCACCACCGCCGCCACCACCAUCAUCAUCACCGCCACCCUGCCCCUCCGAGCGUGACAGGCUUCCCGGGGUUCGGCAGCCAUCCGCACUCAAUGGCUCACGCGCACCCCGGGGAGAUGACUGCGGAACCCUGCCUGGGGCCGAGUCCAUUCGGGCCAGAACACAUGGGGCACUCGGCGGCCCUCAAAAUCAGCCCAGCCCAUCAUUAUCACCAGCAGCACCAGCCUCAGCACAAUCAUCACAUGGCAGGCCACAGUCAAGUGGUCUCCAGUCAAACGGGAGCUUUCGCGGCGACGCCGGUGCCCUACGCGGGUAUGACGCACCCGGCUGAGGCGCUGACCGCAGGUAGGGACUUCCUCCGCGCCAUGCCGGGGCUGGCCGACCAUCAUCACCACCAGCAGCAGCACACUGCCGCCGCCGCUUCUCACCACGGAAUGUUUGUCUCGACAACAGGUAGCUACCCCGCGCACUACGGCCACGACGCCGGCAACCAUGCGCUCUUUUCUGGGCUGCACCAAGAGCAGCCUCCGGGCGGCCAACUCCGCUUGGGACUACCGGGGGACGUGUACGUGCGCUCGGAGCACUUGGCGGCGGGCACCCGAGCCGAUGCAUUUUACGGGGGGCUUAAUCUGAAUCUGGGCGCGCACCAGCACUCUCCUCACGGAAGCGGCGCAUUUUUCCGCUACAUGCGGCAACCCAUCAAGCAGGAGCUGAUCUGCAAGUGGCUGGAGCCGGGAGAAAAGCGCUGCGCACGCACUUACGGCACUAUGCACGAGCUGGUCACGCACGUCACCGUGGAGCACGUCGGCGGGCCUGAACAGGCCAACCAUAUCUGCUUCUGGGAAGAGUGUCCGCGCGAGGGCAAACCCUUCAAGGCCAAGUACAAGCUGGUCAACCACAUCCGCGUCCACACGGGCGAGAAGCCCUUCCCGUGCCCCUUUCCCGGCUGUGGGAAAGUCUUUGCGCGCUCGGAAAACCUCAAAAUCCACAAAAGGACGCACACAGGUGAGAAGCCGUUCAAGUGCGAAUUCGCUGGCUGCGACCGGCGCUUCGCGAACAGCAGCGACCGCAAAAAGCACUCGCACGUGCACACGUCCGACAAGCCGUACAACUGCAAAGUGCGUGGCUGCGACAAAUCCUACACGCACCCGAGCUCGCUGCGCAAACACAUGAAGGUGCACUGCAAGUCCCCUCCGCCGCCCAGCUCCGGCUACGAGUCGUCCACGACGUCCCUCGUGUCUCCCUCCUCCGACCAGGGCCGCGAGCCGCCGGCGGCGCCUGGCCCUGGCACCGCCUCCGCCCCCUCCUCGCACCCGGCCAACCUGAGCGAGUGGUACGUGUGCCACAGCUCCGGUGCCAGCGGGGUCCACAGUGGACCCUCCACGCCUGACUCGGGCACCGAGGACGACGAGCCCUCAUACAGGGACCGGGACUUGAGGGACAACUUCUAGACUCGCUGCCAAAAAAACAGAAGCGACUUUUCCCCCCUUUUUAACACACAAUAAAUAAAAAAAGACUUCAUUUUAUGGACCGAGUCGUGUUCAAUCAUCUGUGGACUUUGUGGUAGGCUACAUUGGAGUGCAGGGGUGGGCAAACUGUUGUCAACUUGGGCCACGUUGGAUCUGGAAUGUUUUUGGACGUGAUAAAGUGGAGGGGAGUAAAAUAUAUUUUAAAAAACAAUUCAUUUAACAUUAACAUGCAUUAAAAAUUACAUUCGUUGUUUCAUAAUCACUUUUAAAUAUAUUUUUUGGGGGGGGGCUAAAGUAAUUUCCUAUAUGUUGGAUUUUAUUUCAAAAUAUUUUCCAAAUUAACAUUUUUAAAUAUAUACAAUUUUAAAUAAGCAUUUUUCAUAUAUUUUAUGACAUGGCCCAUUUGUCUGUUAAAAACGAAAUAAAACAAACAUUAAUUUACUUGUAAGUAAUCCUCAUUAUUUAAUAAUCAAUAUUAUAAUUCAUCUUAAUGUGUAUAUAUAAUAAUUCUUGAUUUCAAGGUCAAGAUUCAAUUGCAUUUACAGUAAUUCGUUUAGCCGACUAAUGAAUGCCAACUGGGCAAACCUUGAUGAUGAUAAUAAUUUACAAUUUUCGUUUUAAUGAACCGAUUUUAUUAAAGAAAAAAAAAACUCACCAACGUUUGCCCACCCCGACGUAGACUUUUCGGGCAUGCUUUUUGUGCAAUGAUUUUUUUUUUUUUUUUUUUUUUUAAAUUUGUAAUUGUAUUUAUAUAUAUAACGUUCUUCUUUAUUAUUUAUUUUUCAAUCUGUUUUUUUAUCUAAGAGCCAAAGUGCACGUUUCCGAAACUCCUCGAGGCCAAAAUGUACAUUUUGUAAGUUUUGUAAAUGUUGUCCCUGUUUGGUAGUUUUGUAUGCAGGCUUUUUGGUUGUUGUUGUUUUUGCUUUUGAAAUACUGAGCGUAGAAAUGUAAACGUUUCAACACGUUUUUGUGUUUUUUGUACCAAGUUGGGUCCUUUUUUUUCUUUCGCCUUGGUCCCCCUCAGCUUUGAGCAGCACUCUAUAAUUACGUACCGAACUGCCUUGUCACUUUGUGAGUAUUUUCAACAGAUUUUGACAAAUCCAUGCGAAGUGCUUCUUCAGGUGCAUUUUUUUGCAAACUUGUGCUCUUGUCAAUCUCUUCUUUCGUUCGGCUGAAUUGUUUUUCCACUCUUGUGACUCGCACUGAUUUUUAUAAAUUAAGUUUUUUUUAAAAAUGGGGAAUGUUGU